UACUCUUUAUCACGAUGCAAUUUCUCCGUUGAAACCCUAUUAAAAAUCCAAAUUUACGAAACUAGCCUUGAAGUUGAACAAGAACAACAACUCCUUUUCUUCCCCAAUUCACUCUGACCAAAAAACUAAAUACUACUCCACUGGAAAUGGAUCCUCUCUCAGCUCUCAGAGACUUCACCAUUCGAGGCGAGCUCGACAAAAUCGUCCGAGUCAACGACGAGUUCCGUUUUGCCUCCGAUUAUUCCUUCCCCUGCUCCGUCGAAACCGCUUACCGCUCCAAACAAGGCAAUCUCUACACACUCGAAACCCUCGUCUAUUACAUAAAAAAUCACCAUGUCAAGCACACUGAGUACCUUCAGAAUGCUCGCACUCAGGGAAUUACUUCGGUCACUUUCCCUGACCGGAAGCCUCUGCUUGAUUAUCUUACCGGCAAGGUCUCCUCCUCCGACGCCAUCGAGUUUCUUGUCCCUCAAAACCCCAAGUUCCCCGAAUUGCCUUCUGUGGAUGAGUAUCGCCCUGAAGAUCCGGUGAUUGUUGGAGCAGCCAUGGAUGCGGUUGAUGAGGACGACGGUUUUAAGGAUUCUACUAACGUUGAUUAUAUGACAAUGAUUAGGGCUAUUGAGAGACCGUUGAAGGACAGAGAAUCGUUGUUGGAAUGUAAGAAUAAGAAUUUCUAUAACGUGCUUGUGACGUCGACGAAGCGUGAGGAGGAGAGGCAGCGUCUUGAAUCGCAACAGAGGAAGGACGGUUUGGUUGCUAAGAGUAGGUUAAUGGGUUCUGAUGACAGGGGUUUGGUGGGAUAUGGUGAUGAUUUGGGUUAUGAUGCGAAUCCGAAACCGAAAAUGCAUUUGAAGGGAGGAAAGAUUGGAGAAGGUGUGCCUAUAAUUCUGGUUCCGAGUGCUUUUCAGACUCUGAUCACAAUAUAUAAUGUGAAAGAGUUUUUGGAAGAUGGUAUUUUUAUACCCACGGACGUGAAGGUUAAGCAGAUGAAAGGGGCGAGGCCUGAUUGUGUUACCGUGCAGAAGAAGUUCAGUAGGGAUAGAGAUAGAGUGGUGACCGCGUAUGAGGUUAGGGACAAGCCCUCGGCUCUGAAAUCAGAGGACUGGGACCGUGUUGUAGCUGUUUUCGUGCUGGGAAAGGAAUGGCAGUUUAAAGAUUGGCCUUUCAAGGAUCAUGUUGAGAUUUUCAAUAAAAUUAUUGGAUUUUAUAUGCGUUUUGAAGACGACAGUUUGGAAUCAGCUAAGAAUGUGAAGCAGUGGAAUGUUAAAAUUAUUUCGAUUAGCAAGAACAAGCGGCACCAAGACAGAGCUGCAGCAUUGGAGGUGUGGGAUAGGCUAGAAGAAUUUGUAAGGUCACGGUCUCAUUCUUGAUGUGAAUUCCAUGGCCGAAGCUUCUGCAAUUUGGAAAUUCAUAGGUGUAAACCCAAAUAUCAUCCGGCUUGACUUCACAACAUUAAACUAUACAAACGACUGUUUUCAAGGCGCACUUCUUGACCGCGGUGACUGUUGAUCCCUUCAGGGCCAUUAAGAGAUAGUAGCUUCGCUAAGGUUUUUCCUUUCCCCUCCAUUUUCAUUUUUUCCUCUACGGUGACACAAGCAAUGACUGCAGGAAGGUAUGCGUAUUAGGCUGACCAUUUCCAUCUUACUUCUUGGGUCUUUGCUUCUGCUUCAACCAUCGAUUUCAUCCUAGCAAUUUGUUUCUUCUUCCUUUUCCGGCUUCAGCCUUAUAUUUUAACCCAACUGCCAUGGGAUUGACGGCGAGGGUCACGAAGGCAUGAUGAGUUGGCUCCAUCAAGUAUCAAUUGAUUGGAAGUAGUUGUGUUACAUGAGCUGGCUUAUUAUAUCAAUGAUUAUUGGAAAAUGAAGAUAAUUUGUAACUGCAUUCAAUUUCAUUUGUAGAUCUCUUUUCUUUUCUUAAUGUUUUAUAUACCUUGUGUUUGUAAUCAAUGGUGGAAGUGAGUUUAUUCAUAUUUUAGACAUUCAUUUUAUUUAUUCAUAUUACUUAAGGAGCGGCCAGUAUAGCAUUCACAAGCACACAAUCAUGUAUUUUAUUCAAAAGAAUCUUUGAUGCAAUACAAAGUUCUUGGAAACAAAUGCCAGAUGAGAAGAUUAUGAAGAUAAAAAAAAAAACAACCUAAACAAAAGGGAUGCUUAAAAUAAUGCACUCUAAAAAAUAUCUAAAUGCAAUAAAUGACCAACAAUAAACCAGACU